AUGGCGAUGUCACUAUCAGGAGCUGUUCUCAGUGGAAUUAGUUCUUCUUUCCACAGUGGAGGAGCCAAACUUAGCGGCGUUGGCACCGUCAGAUUUGGCCGGAAGACUGAGCUCGUCGUGGUCGCUCAGCGCAAGAAGUCGUUGAUCUACGCCGUUAACAGUGACGGCAACAUCCUCGAUGGCAUUAGCGAAGCCACAAAGAAAGCUUCGGAUUUCGUGACGGAGAAGACAAACGAGGCGUUGAAAGAUGGGGAGAAAGCAAAAGACUUCAUUGUUGAGAAAACCGUUGAAGCCAAAGAUACGGCGGUAGAGGAAGCUCAAAAAGCUUCGGAGUUUGUGGCGGAGAAAGGAAACGAGGCGGCUAAGUUCGUAGAAGAGAAAGCAGGAGAGGCUAAGGAAGCCUUCAACUCCUGA